AUGGAGCAGCGUGUACUGGCAUUACUGGUACUAAGGAUUAUACUUUCUGCCAUUGGAAUAGCUGGAAAUACAGUUUUGAUCAUUUCGAUCCUUCACUUGUCAAAAGUAAAGACAUUUGAAGUGUUCCUACUUGGACUGGCCAUCACCAACCUUGAGGAGAUUGUAUCUGUGGAAAUCUAUGAUGCAGUUGUUCUUCAAUCUGCAAUUGACAUCAGCGUUUGGUCUUGCAGCACAAUAAAAUUUUUGGCAUCUUUUGGAGAAGCUGCCAGCAUAUUUUUCACAGUGCUUAUUAGCAUCUUCCGCUAUCAAAAGCUGCACAAUGCUGCCAAGCGAAUAAUUACACCUAUUUUAAUGGACAACAUAAUAUCUGCUGUUUGUCUUAGUUUGGGAUGCAUUUUUGUAUCUGUUCUCGUAAGUAUACCCGUUAUCAUUAUAAAUCAGAGUAGCAUCCCCCACAUAGAAAACUUUACUAUUGAAAACUGUACAACUGAUUUUUUCCAGUGUUCGAAAGAUUACUGUCCCACUUUUAACAAUGUCUAUAAAAUUCUAUUCAUUGUGAUCGUUCAUAUUUUGCCUCUCCUAAUUGUUACAGCGACGAGUGUCCUAAUUAUUAGGAUUUUAAUUGUUCAGCAAAAUGCAGUGGACUCACAUCAUAAUUCAGAUCCACCUGCAUUAGCUGCUUAUCAUCAUCACCAUCAUCAUCAUGAGCAUGAUGUGUUUCAUCGGAGCACCAUUGGCAUCCUCUCUGCGAUGACUCUCUUUCAGCUGUACUGCAUUUUGUAUCUAAUUAAUCAGUUAAUGUUUACCCGAUAUGACAUGCCUGCUUGGUCAGAGAUGGAGUUUUUUAUUGCAACAAUUUAUACAGGUAUCAUCCCAUACAUUUAUGGUACAGGACAUAACUUUUUUUCCUUGAAGCACUUUAUGUGA